UUGGCCUAUUCUGGUUGCUAGCGAGCAAGUGGAAGUGGAAGUGGAGAAGACCAAAAUUUGAACAAAAUAUAAAAUCCUCCUUCAGUACGAUUUUAAGGUCGAGUACAGUGACCAAUAAUAAGACGUAAUUUUAUUUUGUGGAAAUUAUUUUCGUGAAAAUUAUUGAAAUUUUUUCAUUUUAUUAUGUGAACUCAAUAGUUGGCAAAUUAAAAAAGAGUGGAACUUUUAUCUAUCGACGUGUAUUUUAUAUCAAUAAAUAUUAAAAUAUAUCAUUGAUUAAAAUAAAUAGUGAUCAAUAAAAGUGUUUCAGUGUGUAACAGAAGUGGUGCAGUGAUUGUGCAACAUAGUUUAGGAGUGACGGCUGUUUGCGCGUUAAAAAAAAUAAAAUGUUACCCUGCAGAAUAAAACAAAACUACGGGUAUGGUUUGAUACAGAUUAGGGCUUAAAACAUAAUAGAUAUGCAUAGUACAUUUCUGCGAAGGCUUUUUCUGUAUAACUUCAGAAUUGUCUAAUCGUUCUACAAUGGAAUUAAUGAAACAAGAUGCACAGGCAUGAGUUUUUGCGUUGAAAUUCAAUAUGAAAACAUUGCAGUAACAGUGUGCCUAUGGGGCAUGAAAACAAGAUUUAAUUUAUUUUCUGAAUACGAUGUUCGCUAAAAAAAUUAAAAUUAGUAACUAAUAAAAUGAGAAUUAGUGUGGAGAGACGGGCCCUGCCCGCGGGUGCUGUGGUAGUAGGCUAGUGCUGUGUUAGUAGACCCUUUGGUUAGAUGGAGACGGUGCAACCAUCUGUCGUUCAUUUGGAUCACUCCGGGAUGCCGUCUCAAGCCCAAAUGGCUUAUGCACAACGAACUACAGCUUUGCACAGCCGGGCCGCCAACCACCCACAGCCCGGAGAAGGGUCUCCGUACAAGCCUCAACGGCAACCAGCUGCGCCACCCUCCCCAGCCACGUAUGCCAACUAUCCACCCACUCACAACUCUAUGCGGUAUGUCCAACAACAGUCACCAUAUGGCACGGCAGUACCCUACAGAGAGAAUCCAUAUAGUGUUCGAACCCCUAGUGUGGUGAAUGAGCGGCAGCAGCAGCAGCCAGUGGAGUUUGGAAGGAAUGAAACCAUGGCAGCCCAGGUCCGCCCCCGCAUCUCUCUACUCACCAACAUGCCCAGCACUCCUGAGUACUUACCUGCCCUGCCCAGGAAUAGGAUUCAACAAGGAGAGCCAUAUCGGGAGAGAGAGCGUGAGAGGACCAUUGACCUGGUCACCCCAUCAACUAGAGGGGAACCGUACCGAGAGCGGGAACGGGAACGCGAGAGAGAGCGAGAAAGGGAGAGGGAGCGAGAGAGGGACCGUGACUGUGUAGUUGUACCACCUACCCAACCCAGCAGUUUGCAGGAUCUGGGACCUUCUGUCAAGAAAAUCCGCCUUGGUGAACCUAAACCUGAAUUGCAGCAGCAGCUAAGGAUAGAAACUAGACAGGAACCAGUGAACCCCACACCUGCAUACAACCCCCAGGUAGAAGCCAUCUCACCCACCCUGCCAUCUGAGAAUGUCGCAGAGGACGCCAACUUUCGAUCUACCAAGGAUGACCUCCUGCAAAAGAUCAGCAAGGUUGACAGGGAGAUCAGCAAGGUGGAAACUAUGAUAAUGAAACUGAAAAAGAAAGAACAAGAACUAGAAGAGGCAGCUUGUCAGCCUAAUGAAAAGAAGGAUGAGGAAGAAGAUAGGCUAGCCCAGCAGCCAAAACACCAAUCUCUAGCUCAGAAAAUCUAUGCUGAAAACAGGAGAAAGGCGCAAAAAGCUCAUGCAGUCAUGGAGAAGUUGGGGCCCAAAGUUGACUUGCCCCUGUACAACCAGCCCUCAGACACUACAGUGUACCAUGAGAACAAGAAAAAACAUGCUGAGUUCAAGAAGAGACUGCUUCCAUCAUUGAGUGCUAAGAUAAAGCAGAAGGAGGUUGGCGAUGUAUACCUCACUCAAACAUACUCAAGGCUCGUGCAAGAGUGGCAUCGCAAAGUGGAGAAGAUUGAAAAUUCUGCAAAACGGAAAGCAAAGGAUGCAAAAAAUCGGGAGUUCUUUGAAAAAGUAUUUCCAGAGUUGAGGAAGCAGAGAGAGGAUCGGGAGCGAUUUAACCGUGUCGGGGCUCGGAUCAAGAGUGAAGCUGACUUGGAGGAGAUCAUGGAUGGACUACAAGAGCAAGAGAUGGAGGACAAGAAGAUGCGGUCGUACGCAGUCAUCCCACCUCUGCUGCUUGACGCACGUCAGCGCCAGUAUAGCUACAUCAACAACAAUGGCAAGAUUGAAGAUUUUGCUAAAGAGUACAAAGAGAGACAAGUGUUAAAUGUCUGGACUAAAGCGGAAAUUGAAAUUUUUAAAGAAAAGUUCCUCCAGCAUCCAAAAAACUUUGGUGUUAUAGCUUCUUAUCUUGACCGCAAAAGUGCUUGUGACUGUGUACAGUACUAUUACCAUAGUAAAAAGGAAGAAAACUACAAGAGACUUUUACGUAAAUCGCGACAGCGGACACGGUCGAGUCGUAACCCUCACGGAAAAGUGAAUAACGCAAGUGGAGCGGGCGGGGGUGCCAGUGCGACCAACGACCCAAUGGAUUCAAUCCUGAGCAGUGUGACUGGUGUGACUACGCGACUGCAGCGUGAACAACUGCAGAAACAAGAGCACCCGCCUGCCCCUCUGCCCCCACCUGCCCCCAGUGAGACUCCGUCCAUCCCCCCCACCCCUAUCUGUGAUACACUAACUGUAGAGACUAGUGCUGAUAAGGAACAGACGACUCCACCCCCGCUGCUGACGAUGGCAAUGACACCGCCGCAUUGUGAGCCACUCACCACCGCCACUGCUACCCCCACUGCCACCGUUGCUGCUGUUGGCUCUGCUAGUGAGUUAAAACUGGACAGUAAGAAGAAAGAGAGGAGGAAAGAAGAAAAGAAGAAGAAGGAAGAAGAGCUUGGCGAGACAACAGAUGAGGAAAUGCCAGAUCCUCAGGAAGCUGAAAAAGGGGUGCAGCUUUGUAUAGUUUGCAAGAAUGAGUCAGAGAAUACACGUGCUCUGCCACGGUCACAUGCCGUACAAUAUGGGCUUCGGGAAGAGGAUGUGCCAGCUGGCGCAAGGGUCUGCAACACUUGUCGCUGCAAGUCCGUGCGUUCACGCUACACACACUGUCCCUUGCCCACUUGUCCAAACUCCAAAGGUCACAGAGUCAAGAGGCUGAGAGCACUUCCGAUGAAAUGGCCAGAAUUACCUCGCCAUAUCAGAGAUCCAAUUGCUGCUGAAUUUCAAAUCCCUCCAAAUGUGAGCAAGUGCUGCUCAGCAUGUUUCAAUCGUAUUGGGCGCCGCCUGAUGCCGGUGGAGGAGGGAGCUGGAAGAGGCAGCCCAAGCCCUGGCUCACAGCUACUUCGUUGGACCGAGGAGGAGACCGAGGCCCUCAAGCGAGGUCUACGUGAACAUGGAAACCAGUGGUCUGAAGUUGCCCAGGUUGUUGGGCCCACAAAGACUCAACAUCAGUGUAAAAAUUUCUUCUUCAAUUACAAAAAGAAGUUUGGACUUGAUCAAAUAUUACAAGAGUACAAUAAGACUCACUUGGGAGAGGAGCGCAAACCGUCACUGACUGAUGAAGAGGAGUCUGGCUCCACCACCUCUAGUUGUGACGAGAUGGCUGGAAUGGCUGUCCUGGGAGACAGUGAUACUGCCAGUGCUGGCUCUCCGACCCAUAUUGAUGGAGCUCAGAAAGAGAAGAGCAUGGAAGAAGGAAAAGAGCAGUUAGCAGAAAGUGGGAUGACAAUGGCAGAGAGAGACAGUGUUGGUCCCCCCUCGCUUAUUGCCCAGAAAGAGGACUAUGAUAGUUCAGCCACGGAGACCGCAGACGAGGGCCAAGGGGGAGGGGAGCUGGAGGGGAGUCGGCCGGCGCAGGGAGGGGCCACAGACUCAUCCCCUCUGACUGUCAAGGACAUCAUGUUGGGUGUCAUCGAGAUGCAGCUGAUGAAGAACCAGGCGCAGGUUUCAAGUGCACCAACGGGUCCUCCGCCCACCAUCUCCUCUAUUCUUAAGACUGACCAUGGCUUCGUCAAGUCAGGCCCGGGCUCCUUGGCCACCCUCUCUGUCGUCGGCUCACAGCACUCGCUGCCCCCUGAUCUGUCCAAGGAGAGUCUUGUCGUUGUCCAGGUACCUUUGCGAGAUAGAGAGACUGAGGGAACGUUGGACUUGAGUAUCAAGAAGCCUCGAACUGAGUAUCGUGAAACGGGGCAGACAAAACAUUCUCCGCUAGCCCCUCCUCACUCAGUUACUGUGUAUCGAACGGCUUCCACUCACACAGACUCCAACUUCUACCACCAGGUGGCCUCUCCUCAGCUGACAUCUAAGUUGUCACCCAAGUUGUCCCCUGGACUCGUUGGGGUUGGAGGUUCCAUCCUACACGGCACACCAGUCUCCUCCCCCUCUCUCUACCCCACUCCUGCCCCUGGUUCACGCUAUGACAAUUCACCUCUGCUACGCCAGAUAACACCCCCUCAUGCUACUAAGGAAGCAUCUGCAGGCUCCAUUACUCAAGGCACCCCAGUGCAUCAAAGAGGAAUUUAUCCAGGGUCAGUGAGUAGCGAGUACUACAGUAACAGUGGAGGAAAUAAACGACCAACACCUACUGCACAAGGGUUCUAUACAAGGCCACCUGCAUAUGCGGUGGAACAACGGCAGAUAAUCAUGAAUGAUUAUAUCACAUCACAGCAGAUGCAUGGCACUGGUGCACGACGCACUAAUGAGAAAACUGCCCUAUACUACCCGCCACGUCAGGGAGUUAUACAGCGACACAAUACCAAGCCACCCUCCCCCCACCACUAUCCUCCAGGCCAUGAGGCUUUCUCUAACCUAGUAGACGUGGCAGUCAGACAACCCAGCCUGCCCGUGCCUGUCCCCUUGCCAGAACACAAGGAGGACAAGAGGCUGCUGCACGAGGGUCUCGGAGAGAGAUUUAAUAGAGACAAUGCUCAAGACAGGUUUGGAAGUCGAGAUCAAGAAAGAUUUGCAAGAGAAAACCACCAAAUACAUCAUAGAUCUCUCUCUGACAAUCAUCAUCAGCAACAGCAAAUUCAACAACAGCAGCAACAACAACGUGACCUCCACCAACAACAACAGAUCCGAGACCAUCAGAUUCAUCAACCCAUCCAUCAUCAUAGAGAACUGGAAAGAGAACGAAGCCAUUUACAACAGCAACACAGCCAGUUGCGAGAGCACCAAUUGCAGCAGCAACUGAGGGAACAGCAACUACACCAGCAAUUGCAACAACAUCAUCAGCGUGAUUUACUACAUCAGAAGCAACAGCAGCAGCAGCAACAACAUAUGAGAGAGAAUCAUCUUCAACAACUACAUCAUCAUCAACAACAACAGAAUCAUCAACAGCAACAGAUUCAGCAGCAAAGAGAACUGGAGCAUCAUCGACUUGGCCGCAUUCAGCAGAUGCCGGCUGGUUACCCUGCACCAAGGGAAGACCCAGCACCUCGUAUGAUGCAGUUCUCCCGUGAACAACAACAGCCUCCUCCAACCCGAUCUCAUUCUGAAGCUAGUGGUGGAAGAGAAGGAAACAGCAACUCCACAAUGAGUGGUUCAAGUGGUGUUGGUGGUGGUGGCGGCAGUAGUAACCGCAGUGGUAGUGGCAGCAGCAGUGGCAGAACAGGGCAAGGUGGAUCAGAUUCCUCCACUGUGACAGCCGCUAGUCUCAUUGAUGCAAUCAUCACUCACCAAAUAAACCAGCCAAGUAGUGAUGCACAAGCAGGCCAAGCAGGCACACCAGGCAACCCCACUGGUCCACAGUCACAGGUCACAAGGCCUGGUGACAGGCUUUUUCAGGGAUUUCAUCGAGAUGGCCCUGAAGCAAAUGGAAAAUUGUCUCCUUUGAAAUCAGGACUAGCAAUGGCAGGAAGUCCAGAUCCUAAACAAGGUUCAUUAAAUCUUGGAGAACAUAUAGAAUCAAUAAUAAACAAAGACUAUCCACCUACAUCGCGUCAUGCUCAGUUCCAAGGCUAUGAGCCUCAGGCAUGGAAGUUGAGGCGAGCUCUCCAACAAAAGGAACUGGAUCAGAGUCAAGCACUCAGAGAAAAGAAUGAUGAACGCACCAUAGUGAGAAUGGCUGGCCCGCCAUCACCUUCACCACGAGCCCGGUACUACGAGCAGCCUGCCGUACCCCUCUCAGCCUUGGAUUAUGUCAAGAACCGCAUAGUAGAGGUGAUGCGCACGUCAGAAGAAGAAGGGGGCUCCAAGACUGGUGGAGGAGAAAGUCCUGGUGGUGGGGACAUGGUCAUCGAUGAAGGUGAAGAACAGACUUCACGAACUGCUACACCACAAGCCUCUGCACCAUUCAUAGCGACAUCUGCAGCAUACACGUAUCCAUUCUCAGCACUCAGCCUCAAUGCUGGAGCACCUCCUGUGCCGGUUUCUGUUGCGAACACCUCUUCCAAGCAACCUGUUACCACUACAGACUCAGUCCCUGAGCCUGCUCCUCUGCUCUCUGCCCAAUAUGAGCCACUUUCAGAUGAAGAUUAGUGGUCGAUUUGCCUGCUGGACUUUUCAGCGUUCCUUGGGGGCUGGCACACGUGGAUGGAAUACCUUCCAAAUCUUUCUGAUAAUAAUUUAACAAAUUGUACCUCAAGAGACUGAGUCUGUAUUGUGAAUAAUUUAUACUUGUCUAUGUUUAUUUUGAUUUUAUACUUACAUAUCUAUGUUUUGGUUCCUUUUAACAAAAUUCCUGGAAAUGACGAUUUAUUUUGGCCUUCUGUUUCUUAGUUGAAAUUUAGUAAUAAAUAUUGUGAACAAAAUAUUAUGUUUAAAUUCAAAACACAUUAUGUUUUUAAUAUUUUGUUUGAUUAAAUAGCUUUCAACGUAAUCUAAUUUGCUUGUCCAAGUUUUUUUAUAAAACUCCAAUACAUCAGUUCAAAUACAACAUUUAUUGAUGUGUUUAAAUAUAUAUUUAUAAUUCAACUUUGCUCAAAAAUAAAGUAGGCCUAUGUCACAGAUAUAAUUAAAUUAAUCUAAGGGUUAGCCUAAGAAAUAAUGUAAACUUAAUGUGAACUACAUGGAGCUAUUUGUUGAGGAUGUAAUUUGUGAUCAGGUAAACUAGUUAUUGUUUCCAUUGUGUUAACAGCACAGUUUAAACGAAAUAAUAAUUAUCAGUAUCCAGUCUAUGUUGUUGAAGUCAUGCUGAGUUUAUCUUUUGUUUUAUUCGUGUGAUUAGUUUUAUUGUUAGUUCUAAUGUUAGUCUGUUGAAAAAUAUUUGUCUUUUUUUAUUUUGAGGGAUCAAAGUUCUGUUCAUUCCAAUUUUAUUAAGAAUUAACUUAGUGACUGAAUGUAAAUGUUGCAUUUUAGUAUGUAUGCUAUGUUAUGCGAUCGGUUUACUAAAGUGCAAAUAUUUUUUGAUUACCGCUUUUAUCUAAUCAAUUGUCUGUUUCUCUCAUAUAUUUUAAUUUUUUACCUAACCAAAUUGAAUAAAGAAUCGUUAAGCUGUGUAAUAUAAAUAUUAUUUGUUAUAAUGUAUACUGUAAGUGUUUAAAAAGUGAUAAGAUGGAUCAAACGGACUGUCCCUGUCUAAACUGAAACGUUUAAUGUUUGUGUUUGCCUGGUGGCAUUGCUGUUGCGUUGUGAUCCAUUAGUUUAAUGUAUAUUUCACUUUAAUGUUUUGUGGACUGUGCAUUGACAUUUUCACAAUUACUUAUUUAUCACAAUGUAAAUAUCUGUAGAUGAAACCAGUAGGAUGAAGUUGUAAAUAUGAACUUUAGUUUUUUAAGUAUGAUAAAAUGCUGGUUAUUCCUUCCUUCAUACGAAUUUAAUCCAAUAGUACAUUUUUAGGGGAUUAAGAUGAUUGUAUAUAUUUUCUGUGAAAAUAAUUAUUUCUUUUUCUUUUUGGUCAAAUAAACAGUUUUUAAAGUGUUCAAUUUCUAUACAGCUGUUUCUGGUUUUGGAAAAUUAAUAAAUUUAAUUUUGUCUAUGUUUUUGCGCGUUGUUAAUGUUAAUCCAAAGAUAUUCGGUGAUGUCGGGAUGGGAUGCCUGUGACUGUGAUGCUGUAGCGUAGCUUCUGUACAUACACUCGUCCACAUCUCUCAAUCAAAUUUCAUGUGUUCUCUGCGAGUGGAUCCCCUGCCCACUCAUAUUUUUAUACAGAAUGGUAUGAUUCUACUAAUUUUACCUUGUAAACAAGCCUUCACAGUGUUUUAAUUUUCUAUCUUAAUAUGUUAAGCUGUUCAUAAAAUAAAAUAAAAUAAAAUAGGUUUUUAUA